AUGAGAAGUAUCUAAUAAGCAAAUUAAGGACAAGCACCAAUAGGAAUUAAAGUAUGAUUAUUAUUUAAAUUGCUUAGUAAAUUGAUACUCAGAUAUAAAAAGUAAAAUCAGAAUUGAAAGUUGAACAAUCAUAAGCAUUGGAGCGAACAAUGAGAGAGGCAAAAAUUAAUAAAGAUACCAACUUAGUUUUAAGUUAAAGAGUUGAAAAAUUGUAGGAGGAAAAAGAGAAAUAUAAAAAAUAAGCUGAUGAAAUUUUAAAGAGAACAGAGGGACCAGGAAUCCAUAGAUCAUCAAUUCACAGCAGUAAAUCUUAAAAAAUUGAUAAUGACAAAUUAAGUCAAGAUUAGAUCAAACAACGAGAUGUACUUGCUUUAGAACUUGAAAUGAAUUAAAAAGAGAAGUAAUAUUAGGCUGAUAUUGAAAAUCUGAAAAUGGAAAAUAAAUAAUUAACAAAUGAUCUCAAAUAAGCUUGGAGUGAAAUUGAUCAAAAAGAUAAAUAAUUAGAACAACUUUAAGCUUAAAAUUCUCUUUUAUUAAAUGAUAAAUUAGAUCUUUAGAAAAAAUUGAUGGAGGAAAAGUCAAUCCAGAAAAAAUAGUAAUCACCCUAAAAAAUAAUAGAACCAUAAAACAAUUUAAAUAAUGAAAAGUAUAAAGCUUAUAUUAUUUAGCUUUGCUCUAAUUGAAAACUUAAAAAAGUAAAUUAAUGAAUUGUAAGAAGAAAUAAGUGAAUAUGAUGAAACAAUUAAUUCUCAUCAACAAGAAAUAUCUGAGUGGAAAAAUAAGUAUUCCUAACUCUAAAAGAAUAAAGAUGAAGUUGAUAAUUAUUAUGCAAGUAACUAAUAAAAUAAAUAACCUUAGUUGCUUAUAAUAAAAUUGAGAAUCUUUUAGAAUUAAAAGAAGAAAUGGAAAAUUAAAGAAAGGAAGAUUAAAAUAAAAUAAAUGAAUUAGAAGCAAGCAUAAUAGUUUUAAGGAACAAUUUCAAUGAACUUGAUAUUGAAAAUAAAAGACUUCAAGAUUAAAUUGAUACUAUUUAAAAAAGCAAUUAAGAUUUGAGAGCUGAAAAUAUAAAAUUAUUUGAAUAAUUGGCUUCAAAGCCAUUAGAAGUAAACUUAAAUCUAUAAAAUGAUUUGAUUGAAUUAUGUAAUGCUCCUAACAAUGGAUAAGAUGAAUUCAACUCAUAAUUCAAUAAAUUAAGUGAAGAUUUUUCUAAUUUGAAAGCUAAAUACACCGAAGUUUUGGAAUAAAAGGAAACUUUGGAUGAUGAAAAUAAUAAAAAAACCAAAGAAAAUUCACUUUUAAAUGAAACGAUUAAAAAAUUAGAAAAUAAAAUUAAAUCUUAAGAUGCUGAUAUUUAAGAUUGGAUGAAUAAAUAUAAUUCAAAAAACAUUGAACUCAAUUCCAUUUUAGAGUUAGAAAAUAGUGAUAAAAAGAAAAUUGAAGAAUUAGAAUUACAUAUAAAGGAUUAGGAAAUUAAAAUUAAUGAUUUAGAAAUAGCUUUAAAAUAUUCACAAAAAGACUCAACACCAAGAUCUAAAGAUAAUACAUCGAAAUAAAGAGAAUUAGAGGAUAAAUUAAAGCAAGCCAAUGUAUAAAUUAAUGAUUUGAAAAAAGAAAAUCAAUCUCUAUUUGAAUAAUAAAAUAUUUAGGAAAAUGAAAACUUAAAAUAAAUCAUAUAGGAAUUAGAGGACAAAAAUAAUAUAUUGACACUUGAGAAUAAUAAAUUAUUAUCAUAGUUAUAAGAUGCAGAGAAAAAGACUUAAGAUUAAGAGUAAAUAAUUCAAUAGUAAAAAAAUUAAUAACAAUAAUUAUAAUAAUAAUUAUUAUUAUUAUAAUAACAAUAAUAAUAAUAACAAUAAUAACAAUAAAAUUCAACACCAAAAAUAAAUCAAAAUGAAAUUAAUUAAGAAUAAGAGGCUUUAAUUAAAGGAUUAAAUUAAGAUAAUGUUUCUUUACUAGCAAAAAAUUCUUAAUUAAUUUAAGAGUUGCAUUAAAUAAAGAAUCAGAAUAGUAAGAACAUAAGAAGUAAAUUUAUUUUAGUAGGAAAAUUGUUGUAAUUAGAAAAAUAAAAAUCUGAUCAGGAAGAAAAACUAAUAAAAUAAAAAGCUAUUAUUAAUGAAUUAUUAGAAAAUUAAAAUAAUGAAAAAUAACCUUCCACUGAUCCAAUUCCUUAAAUAAAUGAGUAAUUACAUAAAUAACCAGAUGAAAAUGAAUUAGAAAAUCAAUAAAAUAUUAAGGAGGAUUUAGUGAAAUAAAAAUAACGAAAUUAAAAAUUAUUAGGCAAAAUUUUCAGAAUAUUGACCUAACAAAAAUAAAAAGAUUCAAUAAUUGAAGAAUUAGAAAAAAAAAUUGAAAAAUAAAAGGCAAUAAAUUAAGAAUUAAUCGAGAAUUAAAAGAAUUAAGAAUAACAAUAAAAAAUUAAUGAGGAAGAAAAAGAACAAAAAGAAGAUGAAAAACCUGUAAAUGAAUAGCUUUAAAUAUAGGAUAAUCAAUAAGAAUUGAACAAUGAGUUAUAAAAGCUUAAGAAUAAAAACUAAAAAUUAUUAUCAAAAGUUUUUAGAAUCAUGACAUAAUUAAAAAUUAAAGAAGAUGAAUUAUAAAAUUUAAAUGAAAGGCUUAAAAAACAACAGGCUAUAAUUGAAGCCAUUUCUACUGAGCCUAUUUAGGAAGAAGUUCAAGAACCUGAAUAAGAAUAAUUAAUACUAGAGAACUAAAAUAAUGAUAAAUAAAUAGUUAUUGAUGUUGAAGAAAAAAAUGUUGACUAUGAUUAAAUAAAAAUAAAAAAUUAAAAUUAAAGACUAUAAGGAAAAUUAUUUAGAUCUAUGUUUUUAAUCAAUAAAAAAAAUAAUGAAAUAGAGGAAUUGAUUCAGAGAAUUCAGAAGCAAAAAGCAUAAAUAUAGGAAUUAAAUGAUUAGAUACACACUAAUAAUAUAAAUAAAGAUGAAAAAAUUGAAAAAGAUAGUGAGUAGACUUUUAAUUUAUAAAAUCAUUAAUCAGAACCUCAAUUAGAUAUUAAUUAAAAUGAAAUUGAAAAGUAGAAUGAAGUCUUAAGAAAUCAAAAAAUUAAUAAGAUGGCUGCUAAAUUAUUUAUGAUAAUGAGUAAAUAUAAUAAAUAAAAUAAAUUGAUUGAAAAUUUAAAUGAAAGACUAUCAAAGUAUAAAGCUAUAAUUGAAACAUAUAGUCAAGAUAAUCAAUAACCUUAAGAUGAAAAUAUUAACCCUGUUGAUGUAGAAUUUGAAGAUGUUAAACCUGCAGCAGAAUAAUAAAUGGAAUUUUAAAAUGUUAAUGAGUAAGAAAAUGUUAGACUUAAGAACUAAAAUAACAAAUUAUUAGUCAAAUUAUUCAGAGUUAUGAGUGGAUUGAACAAAAAAAAUAAUUAAAUUUUAAUGCUUGAAUAACGAUUAGCCAAAUCUAAAGCUAUUAUAGAUGAAUUAACAUAAGAAUAAGCUCCCAAUAUAGAUGUUUAAGAAUAAUCCAAUAUUCCAAACAAAGAUAAUGAAAAUAUUUCAUCAAAUAGUGAACCAUAAGAAUAAUAUAUAAAUCAUCAAAAUGAAGCUUAGCUUUAGAAAUAAAAAUAUAAUAAAUUGCUUGCAAAGUUAUUCAGAAUUUUGAGUCAAUAAAAGAAGAAAGAUCAAGAAUUAAUUUAAUUGAAUGAAAGAAUAAGUAAAUUAAAAGCUGUUAAUGAUGAAUUAAUGUUAGAAAAAACUUCUGAUUCUUAAAUAAAAUUUGAACCUGAGUUAUAAAAUUAGGAAAUUAGCCUCCAAGCAUUUUCUGAAAUGGAUCCAGAAAAAUAAUUAGAGAUAUUCAAUAGCAAUGAUAUUCUAAAAAUUAAGAACUAAAAUACUAAAGCUUUAUCUAAAUUAUUUAGGGCAUUAUUUUUGUUAUAAAAAUAAACCAAAGAAAAUUAAUAACUAAAUGAGAGAUUAGUGAAAUAAAAUGCAAUAAUCAAUGAAUUUUCAAAAAUUGAAAAUAGCUCUCAUUAAUUAAAAUAAAAAAACUGCAAACUUUUAGCCAAACUAUUUAUUCUAACAAGCAAUUUAAAUAUGUCAAAUAAGGCAAAUGAAGAUUUAUAAAGAAAAUUAUAACAAAAAAAUGCUUAAUUAAAAUAAUUAGUUGAAAACUUUUAAGAAGAUGAAAAAAAUUCUCAGCAAGAUUUGUUGCAACAAUAAACAGAGCCAUAAGAGGAACAAUAAAACGAAAAUGAAAUUCAUUAAAAAAAAUUAGAAAUUCAAAGAUUAGAGAUUUAAAAUAAGAAAUAUCUUGCCAAAAUAUUUAAAUUACUUUGUUAAAUGUUUUAGAAGGAUAGAGAGAAUGAUCAAUUAUUAAAAAGAUUAUCAAAGCAAAAAGCAAUAGUGUAAGAUCUUAUAGAUAAUUAAAAUUAUUAUGAAUAAACUGAAGUGGGAGUUGAAAAUAUUGAAACUUAGUAAGGUGAAAUUGACACCAUUAAUUAAAAAAAUUUAUAGAAGUUGUAACUAACAAAUACAAAAUUAUUGGCAAAAUAAUUCAAACUUUUUUUCACUAUUAAAAAAUUGUAAAAUUAAUAUGAAAAUUCUUAAUAGAGAUUGUAAAAAUAAAAAGAAAUAAACCUUUAAAAUUAAAUGAAGAUUGAUGAACAAGAAACUAAUUUAGAAUAGCUUAAAUUAUCAAAUUAAGUUUUAAAGGAUUAAAUAUAGUAAUAAGAAUUAUUUAAUCCUUGUAGUAAUUCAAGUGAAAAAUAAGGUAUUGAAACUAAUUAAGGAGAUUACUAUAAAAUAAAAUAUAAUAAUCUGUUAGAAGAACACUUACAUUUAUUAAAUGUUGGAGAUUUAAUUAAUGAAUAAGAAAAACAAUUAAGAAAGGAAUUCUAAUAAUAACUAGAUGAAGAAAGACUAAAAGCCAAAGAUUUAUUUAACAAUUUAUUAAAUGAACAUUUGAAAUUAUAAGAUCAAUGCGACAAAGCAAUAGAUGCUUUGAAUUCAGCAAAUUAAAAUUAAGAAAAUUAAGUUGAUAAAAGUUAACUUGAAACAAUCAAAAACAAAUUCAAUUCAUUAUUAUCUGAACAUUUAGCUUUAGAAGAACUUAAUGAUGGAUUAAAUAAAAAGUAAGAUGAUAUCAAGAAAGAACAUGAAAAACUUUUAGAUGAAGAAAUUUAAAAAUAAAAAGAAAAAUAUAACAAAUUAUUAAACAAAUAUCUACUCUUAGAAAUGGAAAAAGAUGGCAUUUUAUAAGAACAAAGUCCUAAAUUAGAAAAUUAAUUAGAUUUAGAAAAAGAUGAUGAUGUAAUUGAGAAAAAGUAAGAUAAUUCUAAUGUAGAAUAAAAUAUAGAGAGAGAAAACGAAUAAGAAAAAUAAUCAAAUAAUAAUUCUUAAAAUGAAGAAUAAAUACAUGGUCUUUUACAAUAAGUAAAUUACUUAGAAAAUGAAAAUUCAUAAUUGAAACAUGAACUAGAAUAAUAUAAAUUAGUUACUAAAUAAUAGAUGGAAAAUGAUGCUGGAGAGAAAAAUGAAUUAUUUUAGGAACUAUAGAAGGAAAAAUUGAAGGAUGAAAAUUAGGAAGAUUAUUAUAAAAAUAAAUUUAAUAAUCUGUUAGAAGAACACUUACAUUUAUUAAAUGUUGGAGAUUUAAUUAAUGAAUAAGAAAAACAAUUAAGAAAGGAAUUCUAAUAAUAACUAGAUGAAGAAAGACUAAAAGCCAAAGAUUUAUUUAACAAUUUAUUAAAUGAACAUUUGAAAUUAUAAGAUCAAUGCGACAAAGCAAUAGAUGCUUUGAAUUCAGCAAAUUAAAAUUAAGAAAAUUAAGUUGAUAAAAGUUAACUUGAAACAAUCAAAAACAAAUUCAAUUCAUUAUUAUCUGAACAUUUAGCUUUAGAAGAACUUAAUGAUGGAUUAAAUAAAAAGUAAGAUGAUAUCAAGAAAGAACAUGAAAAACAUUUAGAUGAAGAAAUUUAAAAAUAAAAAGAAAAAUAUAACAAAUUAUUAAACAAAUAUCUACUCUUAGAAAUGGAAAAAGAUGGCAUUUUAUAAGAACAAAGUCCUAAAUUAGAAAAUUAAUUAGAUUUAGAAAAAGAUGAUGAUGUAAUUGAGAAAAAGUAAGAUAAUUCUAAUGUAGAAUAAAAUAUAGAGAGAGAAAACGAAUAAGAAAAAUAAUCAAAUAAUAAUUCUUAAAAUGAAGAAUAAAUACAUGGUCUUUUACAAUAAGUAAAUUACUUAGAAAAUGAAAAUUCAUAAUUGAAACAUGAAAUUGAUCAUUUGAAAUCCAUAUUAGAUAAGUCAUUAAAACAAGAAUAAUAGAAUGUAGAAUAAACAUAACCUAAUAUAGAACCUUUAAAUUCAGAACCCUAAAAAAUAGACACUAAUUCUCAAGAUUAUUAUAAAAAUAAAUUUAAUAAUCUAUUAGAAGAACACCUACAUUUAUUAAAUGUGGGAGAUUUAAUUAAUGAAUAAGAAAAACAAUUAAGAAAGGAAUUCUAAUAAUAACUAGAUGAAGAAAGACUAAAAGCCAAAGAUUUAUUUAACAAUUUAUUAAAUGAACAUUUGAAAUUAUAAGAUCAAUGCGACAAAGCAAUAGAUGCUUUGAAUUCAGCAAAUUAAAAUUAAGAAAAUUAAGUUGAUAAAAGUUAACUUGAAACAAUCAAAAACAAAUUCAAUUCAUUAUUAUCUGAACAUUUAGCUUUAGAAGAACUUAAUGAUGGAUUAAAUAAAAAGUAGGAUGAUAUCAAGAAAGAACAUGAAAAACAAUUAGAUGAAGAAAUCUAAAAAUAAAAAGAAAAAUAUAACAAAUUAUUAAACAAAUAUCUACUCUUAGAAAUGGAAAAAGAUGGCAUUUUAUAAGAACAAAGUCCUAAAUUAGAAAAUUAAUUAGAUUUAGAAAAAGAUGAUGAUGUAAUUGAGAAAAAGUAAAAAUAAGUGCCUAACAUUAAUCAAGAUGAUUAAUAAAUCAACCUUUAUGGAGGUUAAGGCGAUGAUCAUCCACACCACUAAGAAGAAAUUUAAAAUUAUAAAUAAUAAUUAUCUGAACUGCAAUAAUAAAUAUUACAAUUAAAUGAAGAAAAGGAUUAGCUUCAAAAAUAAAAUACAUAUAUAUCUGAACAAUUAAAUUAGAUUUAGCAUUAAUCCAUUUUACAAACUUCGGAAAAAACAGAUUAAUUACUUAAAAGUAAGGAUUAACAACAGAAUUAAAUGGAUUAAUAGUCCUCAGAAAGAUUUAAUAAAGAAAAUGAUAUUAUUGAAAAAUAAGGAUUAGAAAUAGCUCAGUAAAGGUAGGAAUUAUUGGCAGCAUAAGAAUAGUAAAGAACCUAAUCACAAUUUAUAACAAAACUUGAGAAAGAUAAGGAAUUUUUAGAAAAUUAAUGUAAUUAAUUAAAAGGAUAAAUCGAUGAUCUUUAAUCGAAGCUAGAUAAUUAGGAGUAAAAGUUAAAUGAAAAAACUACUCACUUUAUUCAAACUAUGGAAUAAUUAUUGAAAGAAAAUUAAGAUGAUUUUGAAGAAAACAAAUAAUUAGUUCUCUUAAAUCAAUCCACUCAACCUGUUAUAUAAAUUCUCAAAAAACUUUAACAUGAUUAGGAAUUAAAACAAUCUAGAAAAUAGAGUUAAGAACUUUAAUCUAACUAAGAAAAUUUAAAAGAAAUCAUUUAUCUCAAACACUAAGUUCAAACACUGGAAGAUAGUAAGCAGUAAUAUAGUGACGGAAUUAGCGAUCUAAAUAGAAGAUUAAGAGAUUUAUUUAACAAAAAUUCUACCUUAUAAACUUAAAUACAGUAAUUAAACUAAUAAAGGUAUUUAUCUAGUAAUAUUUAGUAAUUAAAUGAACUGAU